CUCUCAUUUUAAUUUACUUUCUGAAUUUAAUUAAGUAAAAAAACGAAAUUUAUUCUUUCAUUUUAAUGUGAUAUUAUAAUUCGGUUUCACCAAGAUUAAGAGGGAAAAACCAUUUUUAAUUUUUACCCCACAGCGUUUAAAAGAAUUUCAGGGGAAACGAAAUAGAGUGAUAGGAUGCAUAGAGAGUAUAUGAGGGUUAGGGUUUUUUCACGAAAUGGGAUCACCUGAAAAACCAAAUAAAUCAACCAUAUCAAUCAUCGCCUCCACCACCUCACCACAAUCUGCUGCUUUCCAAGAUUCUCCUAUCUUUAAUUACAUCAACAAUCUCUCACCUAUAAAGCCUGUUAAGGCGACAUCAGUUACACAAGUUUUUUCUGGGCUUAAUUCUCCUCCUCUUGUGUUCACAUCACCUCGAAUCCAUGCACAUCAACACUCUACUGAUUUAAAAAGGUCCUCAUGUCCUCUUACACCCUUGACAAAUUCAAAUAUGAAUAAUUCUGAAUAUGCCCCUCCCAAAGUGGCUGAUUCAACAAACACAAAGGGACCUAUGGAAACCUAUGACAAUGAAGAUGAUGAUAAGGGAAGUGAUGAGGUGGCAUCACCUACAUUUGUUGAGCAAUCAAAAGAGGACCAUGUAGGAAAUUUACCAUCUUGUCCUCAGCCUAUUGAAAAUGAUGGAAAAAAUAGAAGCUUUCAAUCAUCGAAUGCCUUGGUGAACAAUAUAUCUCAAGAAAAAUAUGACCAACGAGUGGCUCAGCAUAUGCAGCCUGUUUUUGUCAACCAACCCAUUGCAACUAUGAUGGAACAACAUUCCCAGGUUGGUCAAAGUCAACUUGGCAAGAGAAGACGCCUUCAAUUCGAGAUGUCUCAAGAAAGAAUUGUCGAAAAUACCCCUGGUUCAAAUUCAAUUAAUGCCACCGAAUCAGAAGCUGUAGAAUCUUCUUGUGACAAUAUUCAAAAUACUAUGAAUGUUAAUCUAAAUGUUUCAAAGCCCUCGGGUAUUGGAUUGCAUUUAAAUAGCAUCGUUAACGCUAGACCUUUUGGGAAUAUAAGCAUUAAAUCAACCAAGGGUAGCUAUUCAAAUGCCCUAGAGAAAAGUUCUUCGAUGCAAAAUGACAUGCAUUGCCCUUCUAAUUCAGAUUUAGAUGGAAAUGUUUUGGCUACAAGUGAGGAAUUUAUGCAUGAAACUCCUGUAUCUCAUCCUUCUUUUAGUAAUCCAAAAUCUGUGAAGAUAAUUGAACAUCAAGAAAAAUUUGAUCACGUUCAAGAUGAGAGACCAAAUCCCAAAAAGAAAAGAAAGAAGACAGAGAGCAAUGGCGAUGGUUGCAAACGCUGCAAUUGUAAGAAGAGCAAGUGCUUGAAACUUUACUGCGAUUGCUUUGCAGCUGGAAUCUAUUGCGCGGGUCCUUGUUCUUGUCAAGGGUGUUUCAACAGACCUGAAUACGAAGAAACUGUUCUUGAAACAAGACAACUAAUCGAAUCGAGAAAUCCGCUUGCGUUUGCUCCUAAAAUCGUUCCUCCAAAAAACAAAAUUCUGGAGGAUGCGGAAGAAAUGACUCCACUUGCAGGAAGACACAAAAGGGGUUGUAAUUGCAAAAAGUCAAUGUGUUUGAAAAAGUACUGUGAGUGUUAUCAGUCUAAUGUUGGAUGCUCGGAUGGAUGUCGUUGUGAAGGUUGUCAAAAUAUUUAUGGCGCGAAAAAAGGAAGUGGCAUGAAUAGAGAAAUGGGAAUCGAAGUCAUUAACGAGAAGUUAAUCGAUUCGUUUGAUGACAUGGUCAAAGUAGGUGUGGGUCCCAUCAUGUCAACAAAAUCCUCUCUUCCUGAAUUCUAUAAUAAGCCUCACAAUUUGACUCCCCAAACACCAUCAUUUCAACAUUCCAACCAUGGAAAAGAUCCAUCAAAAACUCGUAUUUUUUCCGGAAGAUACCUCCCCUCUCCCUCACCAGAAUCCGAAUCCACUUUCUACCCUCCACUAAAUUACAUAACUACCCCUAAAGAUUCCACCUUUGACAAGAAUCUUGAAAUGAUCCCUUUAGAUCAAGAAACCGAAUCAUACCAAAACCCAAAUCUUGAAUUCACAGAUGAAUUCUCACCCUCACCCGGUCCUCCGUUGUUCUCUUCUUCCUCCAUGUGUUUCCGUGGGACCCUCUUUGGUGGGACAAAACCGUAUGACAUCAUCGAUGAUGACACACCCAAGAUUCUUAAAGAAUCUUUUAAUGAAGUCAACAAAGUCAAACUGUUCCUUCUUUUCCUCCUCUCACUCCUUGCAUUGAUUCUAAAGAUGAUGAUUCUCAGAAUCAAAAUGAUCACACCCGUUGAAAGGUUAAUAUCUACCAGAGGAUUUUGGGCACAAAAAAGACAUUUCAAUCCAGAAGCAAAAAUAAGGUGAAAAUCUGUUCAUAACACAAGGGCUGCAAUCACACAAUUUGGCAUCAUUAAGACUUUUUGUCACAUGAUCUUUUUCUAUUACUCAAAAUGGAUGGUUUGGAUUGGUUGUUUGGUGGUUUUUUUUAUUUUUUUUUAUUAUUAUCUGUUUUGCUGUUGAAAUUGUUGUUCAAUGAGCAAAAAUAGAAAAUGUGGUCACUUUGGUGUAAAAUUUUGAUUCCUUUAAGUAAGUUGACAUUCAAAUGACAAGUUUUGUUAUCUUUGAAUUUAUAUCAAGAAAUUUUUGAGCAUUCAUGAUC